CUCUGUGCGUUUACGUCCGGGUUGGGGAAUGAAUCGCACAUUUUUUGUUUAUAAAAGUUGAGCGUGAUUGAAAUCAGUUAUUUUAAAAAUGCAAUUUAUGAUUUUUAUUUGUAAAGCUGAUAGUGUCCUAUAAUAUUUGAGUCAAGCCAACCAAUGAAAUAAAUCUCGGUGACUGGUUUUAUUCUUUCAUAAACAAGACAGACAUAAAAAAAGACUAUUAGGCUAAUAAAGUAACACGCUCCUACAGCCUACAAUAGAAUAGGCUACUGUACUGUAUAUUCAUAAUCUAAACAUCCAAUACACGGCAGAGGAAGAUGCCAGAGAGGGGAAGACACCACCAGAGGAGUGAUGAAUAUGCAGGGCACAGGAGCAGAGAUAGGGACUAUUCACAGAAUGGGGACCACGCUCCAUAUGAUAGUAGAUAUCACAACCAAAAGCCAAGAGACACAGACAGGAGUGCUCCUAUUGAUGACAGGAGGGCCAGGCACAACAGGCAGAGAGAAAGGGAUCCGCCUGCUUACAGAGAUCGCAGCCGUGGAAGGCCCUCAAGCCUGUCCACAGAGACAUCAGUGUAUCACUCUUCAGUGGAGUAUUAUGAGCCACAAGACACACAAACUCUUUACAAUCUCAAAUAUAUCGUAAGCAGUAGAGGUCUCUGCCAGCUUAUGGAAAUGUUUGUGAAUCUGCUUAUAAUCAUCUGUGCCGGAGUGCCAUACAGCAACAAUGGGGGUUACCGUGACCUGGCUAGUCUCGGUGGACUCUACUAUUAUUAUUAUGGUGGAGCAGGUGCCUUCACUGGAGCUGAUGCAGACAAGGUGAAUCAGCUGGAUCAGCAGUUCCAUCAGCUCCAGCGGCCUGUAUACGCCCUCACCAUGGCCACCGGUGGGGUUUUAAUGAUCUAUGCCUUGGCCAUGCUUGGCCUGGGAAUUUUCAGAGUCCCUUACCGCUGGCCCCCUAUGCUACUGGGUGAGGCUUUGCUGAACUUCCUGAUCAGCCUGGGCUACAUCCCCGCACUGGCCUUCUACUUUAUUAAGCUGCAAGAAAUCUACAGUAAUCCUGUCUGCCAGGAGAGAGAGCAAAUGUACAAGAGCAAAGGUCACCAGGGCUAUGACUGCAAGUUGACCGGUGCUGAUAUCGCAGGAGGUCUCUUUGGGGUGCUGGGAGUGUUUGUUUUCAUCUUUGGUGCCGUGUUAGCUGUCAGAGGUUUCAGGUCAGUGCGGGAGCUAAAGAGGCAGAAGACAAAUGAGGACAAUAAUUUUUAAGUGGCCUUUUCUUCUUGAAACUUUCCAAGAGAAAAACAUUUUUUUUUGUUAUCAAAUUAGGUGUAACUGUAUUAACUCCUGUUAAAUGUGAUUGGUGAAUCAGCAAGUCAAGUUUUUAAUACCUUUGUAUUACUCCUACUUGUUUACAUAUGGUGUCUGUUGUGUUUUAUAUACAUAUAUACGGUAAUUAGGAUUAUUUUUACUAAUGACAUUUAUGUAGAAAAAUAGUCUUUUUUUAUGUCAAACUUUUAUUUGUAAAGGACCAUGUACAAUAUUAAACAUAAAUGUUGCCAUUUGAUGUAUUGUACCAGA